GCAAGCAUCAGACUCCCUCCAAAGCAGCUCCUCUUCUUCCUCCCAAUCACACUCCCUCGGAGAGGAGCGGCCAUGUCCGGGCGCGGCAAGGGCGGCAAGGGGCUGGGAAAGGGCGGCGCCAAGCGGCACCGGAAGGUCCUCCGCGACAACAUCCAGGGCAUCACCAAGCCGGCGAUCCGGAGGCUGGCCAGGAGGGGCGGCGUGAAGCGCAUCUCCGGCCUCAUCUACGAGGAGACCCGCGGCGUCCUCAAGAUCUUCCUCGAGAACGUCAUCCGCGACGCCGUCACCUACACCGAGCACGCCCGCCGCAAGACCGUCACCGCCAUGGACGUCGUCUACGCGCUCAAGCGCCAGGGCCGCACCCUCUACGGCUUCGGAGGCUAGAUGCGUGGUGUGCUGUGCUGGUGGCGGCCGUGUUUCUCUGUGUGAUUGUGCCGUGGUGGAUGGGAUGUACUCCCUGUCGUGCGUUUGUGUUCAGUAGUCUGUAAUACCAUUAUGCGUUCAAUGAAACUGUUCUGAUCCUGAUUUCUGACCAA